UGAAAGUAAAGAAAGGACGUAUAAGAUAACAAAGAUGCUUUUGAGCCAGAAUGUCUCAGCGGUUGGACCACUUAAUUUGUAUCCCAUGGUAUCCCUGUGUCAUCUGUUCCAUAGUUUAUCAGUAAGGUAUCCAUGAGUGGGACACUUCUCCCCAGACAAGUGCCAUGCAUUGGAGAGUAUAUGACAGCCCUGGGCCCCCACCUACUAAAAAUGCCCCUAAGCCGCCCCCCGACUCGCCAAGUCGUGGUGACAUCCAGGAAACGAAUGAGAAUCCCCACUUCCCAUCACCAAGACCUUUCUUCUUCCACCAACCCUGUGCACAUCAGCCUCAUGUUUGGUAUCUCGUAUGUUUUGACUGAUUUUUCAGAUGAAUCUUGCACUUUAAAGAUGACAUUACGAAAUUUGCAGUCAAUCUUAUCGUGGAAAUUAAAAAACCAUUCAAUUGUACCAACUCACUAUACAUUAUGGUACACCAUCAUGAGUAAACAAGAAGAUAUGAAGAUCGUUGGGGACUGUACGAAUAUCACAAGAUCAUUCUGUGACCUAACAGAUGUGUGGGUAAACAUGACAGAGAUGUACAUCCCCAAAGUUGUUGGAUUCAGAGGGAAUGCAGCUCUGGUCAGUUGUAUGGGCUCUUUCUUCCUGGCAAUGGACACACUGCCUUUGGACCCACCAGAGUUUGAGACUGUUGGUUUUACAGACCACAUCACUGUGAAUGUGAAAUUUCAGUCUGUCGCUCUGAAGAUACUAAAUGAGGAAGAAUUACAGUUUUACUUAGCAUUAAUUGAAGAACAAUCAGGGGGGAUGGUUAAGAAGCAUAAACCCAAAAUAAAUGGAAACAUCACUGAAAAUUUCAGUUAUGUCAUCGACAAGUUAAUUCCAAAAACAAACUACUGUGUAUCUGUUUAUUUUGAGCCUAAAGAUCCAAGAAAAAUAAAUAGAUCUCCCUUAAAGUGUACCCUCUUUCAACCUGGAUGGAAAUCAGAGUCAUCAGAAUCUGCCACAAUAGGAGGAAUAAUUACUCUGUUUUUAAUAGCUGCUGUCGUCAUAAGCAUUGUAAUGAUGCUGAAACGGAUCGGUUACAUAUGCUUAAGAAAUGAUUUCCCCAAAGUUUUGAAUUUUUAUACAUUGUCAGUCUGGGUAUUUCCCGGGCUGCCUCCGUUGGAAAAAGUGGCUACCGUGGAGGUCAUUCACAUCAACAGAAAGAAGAAAGUGUGGAAUUAUAAUUAUGAUGAUGAAAGUGACAGUGAUAAUGAAGCAGCCCCCCGAAUAAAUGCAGGUGGUUACACCACGCACGGACUAACGGGGGGCAGGCUGUGUCCCGCCUCUGUGUCCUCGGCCACCUUGGAAGACUGCAGUGACCCGGCUGCUGAGGAGCAUGACCUGCCCGAGCCCGAGGCUGAUGCUGAGGCCCUGAGGGCACCAGGGCCCAGCCCCUGGCAGUUGGAAUGCACAAGCAGGGGCUACCAGGGGAGAGGGAACCUGCUGCAGGACACCUUUUCCGAGGAGGACAGCAGCCCCGCGGAGGAGUCAGGGGAGAGAAUUGUCUUCAAUGUGGAUUUGAACUCUGUGUGCGUGAGGGCCCCUGAGGACAACGACGACUCAGAAGUCACUCCAGUGUUACCAUCUGGUCCAGAAGAGACAGUUGUGCUAGAGGACCCUGACGAGACAGAAUCGAACCUUCUUCUGGUGGCCAGUGGAGAAAGGACACAACUGCCCUUCCCCGGCCCCUCUGCGGAGUACCCGUGGUCUGAAGAUGCUCCUUCUGAUAAAAGUGACACUUCCAAGUCGGAUGUUGACAUGGGGGAUGGUUAUGUAAUGAGAUGAAUGAAUCAAGAAAUAUUUAAUUAACUUAGACGCCUGCUACCUCCGGUGCUGUCCCUCCCAGCACCCGCACUUGCUCCUUUGGGGUCUCCAAGUGUUCUCCGAGGGAAGGAUUAGGAGACUGGUGACAUCAUCUGUGCAAAUUCCCAGUCUGGGGGAAGGGGAGGUGGGAAACAGAGUAUUCUGUUAUCAUUCAUUGCUGUUGUUUACCAGUUCAAAGUGAUUUGCUUUGAAGGGAAAAGGCCCUGCCCAUUCCCUUUGUUCUCAUGGAUGUCUAAUGUUUCUGCAUCAUGUUUCCCAGCGUAAAGAGCAGGGUUUAUAGCAGGAGCAGUCAGCAUUGUUUUCCACAGGCUCCAGGGAAGAGCCGGAAAGCAGCAAAAAAAGAGGAGGGAGGCUGGGCUGCAGGAGAGAAAGGAGGGGCACACACCAGGAAACAGAAGCACACGCUUCGGGUUGGGUUAGAAGUAGGGAAGGUCCAUAUGACCCAGCAAUCCCACUACUGGGCAUAUACCCUGAGGAAACCAUAAUUCAAAAAGAGUCAUGUACCACAAUGUUCAUUGCAGCUCUAUUUACAAUAGCCCAGAAAUGGAAACAACCUAAGUGUCCAUCAUCGGAUGAAUGGAUGAAGAAGAUGUGGCACAUAUAUACGAUGGAAUAUUACUCAGCCUUAAAAAGAAACAAAAUUGAGCUAUUUGUAAUGAGGUGGAUGGACCUAGAGUCUGUCAUACAGAGUGAAGUAAGUCAGAAAGAGAAAGACAAAUUCCGUAUGCUAACACAUAUAUAUGGAAUUUAAGAAAAAAAAACUGUCAUGAAGAACCUAGGGGUAAGACAGGAAUAAAGACACAGACCUAUUUGAGAAUGGACUUGAGGAUAUGGGGAGGGGGGAGGGUAAACUGUGACAAAGCGAGAGAGAGGCAUGGACAUAGAUACAUAGUGGGAAGCAGCCGCAUAGCACAGGGGGAUCAGCUCGGUGCUUUGUGACCGCCUGGAGGGGUGGGAUAGGGAGCGUGGGAGGGAGGGUGAUGCAAGAGGGAAGUGAUAUGGGAACAUAUGUAUAUGUAUAACUGAUUCACUUUGUUAUAAAGCAGAAACUAACACACCAUUGUAAAGCAAUUAUACUCCAAUAAAGAUGUAAAAAAUAAUAAUAAAAAAAUAAAGUUGCCCAUUAGAUGUCAAAAAAAAAGAAGUAGGGAAGGUCCAGCCAAGUCUUGGGCACCUCCCAGAUGAUAUUCUGUUGCUUACACUCUUGAAAAUUCAACUCUC